AUGUAGAUCAACAAUUCAACAUACUCCUAUACUCUAUUUUUCGCGUCACAUAAACAAAAAAAAUAAACUGGGGAGAAGCAUGUUGUUGAUGUUGGGACUAUGCUUCCUAUUGUUCUCUGCAUUUCCACUUGCGUUCUCUGAGAGAUGCCACCCACAAGACAAGAAAGCGUUGCUCCAACUCCAGAAGGACCUCGGCAACCCUUAUCACAUCAUAUCCUGGAACGCAAAGGAGGAUUGCUGCGAGUGGUUCUGCUGCGUUAAGUGUGACGAGAAAACAAACCGCGUCAUUAGCGUUGCCUUAUCAUCCCCUUUUCCAGACACCAAUCUCUCGGCCCAAAUACCUCCCUCUGUGGGUGACCUCCCUUACCUCGAGUCCCUCGUCUUCCACAAAUUCCCCAAACUCGUGGGCCCAAUCCAGCCCGCAAUCGCCAAACUCACCAAACUCAAGUACCUUGAUCUCUCCAACAACAAUCUCUCUGGCCCAAUACCCGAUUUUUUCGCGCAACUCAAGAACCUCGACGAUAUCGACCUUUCCUUUAACAACCUCUCCGGCCCCAUACCAAGCUCGCUUGGUAAACUGCCUAAACUCGCGUAUCUAGAUUUGAGCCGCAACAAGCUCACGGGCUCAAUUCCGGCCUCAUUUGGAUCCUUCCAAAAGCCCGGGCCGGCUAUUAUGCUCUCUAAAAACCAGCUUUCAGGGCGCCUUCCUGCUUCUUUGGCCAACUUAGACUCGGACAGGAUAGACUUGUCAAGGAACAAGCUCGAAGGCGAUGCCUCCAUGCUUUUCGGGAGCAAUAAAAGGACGUGGUCUCUUGACCUUUCAAGGAACAAUUUCGCGUUUGAUCUAUCUCGCGUGGAGAUUCCCCACAAGACCCUGGCAAGGUUGGAUCUCAACCACAAUAAGAUUUAUGGGAGCCUUCCUGUGGGGUUGACCAAAGUCGAACAUUUUCAGCUAUUCGACGUCAGCUAUAAUCAGUUAUGCGGUCUCAUACCGAAGGGUGGAGAAUUGCAAAAGAUCGAUAAGUCUUUGUACUCUCACAACAAGUGUUUGUGUGGCUCUCCACUAUCACCUUGCAACCAUAAGCAGAUGACUGUCUAAGUCGAUUUCAUACUUUGAUAAGUAUUCGUAUUUUCAUGUGUGUUUGUGUGACUUUCCAAUUUCACCUUUCAACCAUUAUAAGCAUAUGCCUAUCAAAGUUGGUUUCAUCAGAUUAAUUAUUCUGAUUUCAAUAAAAUCGAUUACUUGUUUUUCUGUAUUACGUUUAUAUGGAGUAUCGUGGUAAUGGAUUAUUAGCCCCACUUCGAGUGUGAAUUGUAACAUUCGUGAUAAUUAAUGUUUUGUAAGGCAUGUCA